UUGGCUCUCUCCAUCCAGCAUUUUAACUCCGGGACCCGGUUCGGAAAAUGUCGUCACAAGCCCCGCCCGCCGCCUUUUCUUGCGGAACCAGCGUGGCUUUGAAUUUUUUUUUUAUUCUUACGUUUUCUUCUGCACGUCGCAAAGACUAAUCAACAUGGGAAAGAAGAAAGGUGGCAAAAAUAAAAAGGACGAUUAUUGGGACACCGAAUUUGCCGAGGAUGCUGAAUUGACCGGCGCAGCUCCUGUUGAGGACGACGUGGACACCUUGGAACAAAAAGCCGCCAACUUUGCCGCUUUGGCCGAUCUUAAUGAAGACGAGGAUGACGGUUUGAUGGCCAUGGUCAGCAAAGCUGCUAAGAACAAGGUGAAAAACAAGAAGAAGAAGAACAAGACGUCGGUAGAGGAAGAGGAAGAGGAGGAGGCACCUGCUGAGGAAGCGGCGCCGGAACCUGUUGCCGAACCUGCUGCUCAGGAUGAAGAAGACGAUCUCGAUUGGGUCAACGACAAUAAGAAGAACAAGAAGAACAAAAAGGCAGCUCCUGCUCCUUCUUCACCUGCUGUCAACGAUGAUGAAGAAGGCGGUGGACGUUUGCUCACAAAGAAAGAAAAGGAACGUUUAAAGAAGGAGCGUGCAAAGGAAGCCAAGCGCUUGGCUGCUUUGGAAAAGAAGGCACAGCAGGAAGCCGAAGAUGCUGAACUCAACAAGGCGCUCGGUUUGGACGGCAAAGAGUCUCAGGAAGGAGGUGAAGGUGGCAAGUCCAAGUCUCAGAUGAAGAAAGAAAAGAAAAAGAAGAAACUCGAGGCCGCUGAACAGGCAGCACCCGAACCCGUUGAAGCUCCUGUAGCCGCACCUGCUGGUGGCAAGGGUAAGAAGAAGGGUGCACCCGUUGCUGCCUUGCGUAAAAUGCUUGAAGCCCAGCGUGCAGCUGAGGAGGAGGCCCGAAAGAAGGCUGAGGAAGAGCGUUUGCGUAUCGAGGAAGAGGAGCGCAAGGCGGCUGAGGAAGAAGCUGCUCGCGAAGAAGCUCGUCGUGUCAAGAAAGAAAAAGAGAGGGCACGCAAAGAGCAAUUGCGUAAGGAAGGUAAACUCCUUACCAAGGCUCAAAAGGAAGCUCAACGUCUUGCACAACUCCGUCAUCAGCAAUUGAUCGAAUCCGGUCAAGUCAAGAUCCAAGCCUUCGAAGAUUCUGGUGCUAAACCCAAACGACCUGUGUAUGGCAAGAAGAAGAAGCCUACAAAGGAAGAAUUAGAAAAGAAGAAGCAAGAGGCUGAAGAGAAGAAGCGUAAAGAGGAGGAGGAACGUAAGCGCAAGGAAGAAGAAGCAGCAGCAAAGAAGAAGCAAGAAGAGGAAGAAGAAUCUGAGGAUGAUUGGGAAAAGGCUGCUUUGAGCUCUGAAGACGAAAAGGAAAAGAAGGACGAGGAGGAGGAUGUCAAGGAUGAUUGGGAAGACAGCAGUGAGGAAGAGGAGGAAGAAGCACCCAAGAAACAUGCUCCCGCCAAGGCUGACAAGAAGGAAGCCGCUCCCAAGCCUGCUGCUAAAGCUCCUACCAAACAACAAGAAGAAUCGUCUGACGAGGAAGAUUCAGAGGAAGAUUCUGAUGAAUACAGCUCAGACGAGGAUGACAGUUCCGAUGAAGAUAGCUCGGAUGAGGAACUGACUGCCACUCAACGUCUUGCCCUCCAGAAGAAGGAGGAAGCGGCAGCUCGUCGUUUGCAACGUCAGAAAGAAGCCAUGGCUGCCCGUUCCAAGGAUGAUCUUCGUUCUCCUAUUUGCUGUAUUUUGGGUCACGUCGAUACUGGUAAAACGAAAUUGCUCGACAAGAUUCGUCAGACCAAUGUCCAAGAAGGUGAAGCCGGUGGUAUUACCCAGCAGAUUGGUGCUACCUACUUCCCUGCUGAAGCCAUUGAGAAGAAGACUACUGUUUUGGGCGACAAGCGUGUGGAACAACUCAAGGUGCCUGGUCUGUUGGUCAUUGAUACACCUGGUCACGAGUCCUUCACCAACUUGAGAAGCAGAGGUAGUUCCCUUUGUAACAUUGCUAUCUUGGUCGUCGAUAUCAUGCACGGUCUGGAACCUCAAACCCUUGAAUCCAUUCGAUUGCUCCGUGAUCGCAAGACGCCUUUCAUUGUCGCCUUGAACAAGAUUGAUCGUCUUUUCGAAUGGAACGCUAUUCCCGAUAACUCUUUCCAAGAUUCGCUUGCCAAGCAGAAGAAGUCGGUUCAGCAAGAAUUCGAACAUCGCCUUCAACAAACCAUGGUCGCCUUUGCCGAACAGGGUCUUAACGCCCAAGUUUACUACAAGAACAAGAAUUUCGCCAAAUACGUUUCUCUUGUGCCCACCUCUGCUCAUACUGGUGAAGGUAUUCCUGAUAUGCUCAACUUGCUUGUCAGCUUGACCCAGACCCGUAUGAGUGAUAAGCUUAUGUAUAUUACUGAGCUUGAAUGUACGGUGCUGGAAGUCAAGGUCAUUGAAGGUUUGGGUACCACUAUCGAUGUGGUUCUUGUGAACGGUUGGUUGCACGAAGGUGACAAGAUCGUGGUGUGCGGUUUGAACGGUCCCAUUGUCACUCAAGUCAGAGCGUUGCUGACUCCUCAACCUCUUCGUGAAUUGCGUGUCAAGUCGCAAUACGUCCAUCAUAAAUCUGUCAAAGCUGCUCUCGGUAUCAAGAUCUCAGCUCCUGAUCUUGAAAAGGCCAUUGCUGGUUCUCGUUUGCUUGUGUGCGGUCCGGAUGAUGACGAAGAUGAUCUCAAGGAAGAGGUGAUGUCCGAUUUGACAAACUUGAUGACCUCGAUCGAUCGCACGGGUCACGGUGUGUGGGUGCAAGCUUCUACUCUGGGUGCUCUCGAAGCUUUGCUCGAGUUUUUGCGUACUUCCAAGAUCCCUGUUGCCGGUAUCAACAUUGGUCCUGUGCACAAGAAGGACGUUGUGAAAGCUAGUGUCAUGUUGGAAAAGGCCAAGGAAUUCGCUGUCAUGUUAUGUUUCGAUGUCAAGGUGGAAAAGGAAGCCGAAGAACUCGCAGAUGAAUUGGGUAUCAAGGUGUUCACUGCCGACAUUAUUUACCACUUGUUCGAUCGUUUCGUGGAAUACAACGCAGCCAUGAAGGAAAUGAAGCGUAAAGAACAAGCCGGACAAGCUGUAUUCCCCUGUGUCUUGAAGAUGGUGCGCGGUGCCAUUAUCAACAAGAAGAAUCCCAUCAUCAUUGGUUGUGAUGUGAUGGAAGGAAGCCUGAGAAUCGGCACGCCUAUUUGCGUUGUGAAGACGGAUCCCGAAACAAAAGAACGAGAAAUCCAUACACUGGGUACUGUGACGUCUAUCGAACAGAAUCACAAGCCUGUCGAGAUUGUUAAAAAGGGCCAGGCGGGUGCUGGUGUGGCUGUGAAGAUCGAAUGCGCUGUUCACGAAACCCCCAAGACCUAUGGCCGUCAUUUUGAUGAUAAUGAUGAAUUCUACAGUAAAAUCUCCCGUCAAUCGAUUGAUAUCCUCAAGGAAUCCUUUAGAAACGACUUGUCCAAGGAAGAAUGGGGUCUCAUUCUCAAGCUCAAGAAGAUCUUGGGUGUCAACUAAAUCAUGGUCCAAUCUAACGCAUGCAUGCACUUUCCUCUUUUUCCCCUAUUAUUCUUUUUUAUCUAAAGCAAUAAACUUUCUCAUUAUUUUUUCUUUCAUGAAUUCUCUAUGCCCACGGGA